CCUGGUCUUGCCUACCACCAGGCUCUCCCGUACCCUUGCCCUUGACAGUGUCGAGUGUGAGCGACACCAGAUCGAUCGAAAGCACUGUACCAGCCAUCAGCCUCCGUAUCGCUGGAUUUAUUCUUGUCCACCCUCCAGAGCGCUGAAAUCAUUGGGACCUCAUUUCAUCCGAGGAGGAAUUCUGGAUCUAUAGCACCUUCUAGCUGCGUCACUCACCCCACAACGUCAUGGGCAAGUCGGCAAAGUUCUUCAAGCGCCCUUCGCUGAAAGAGAAGCAACGGCGGGAGCAGUACCGCUCGAGCGAUCGCCACGACGCCAGCGACGAUGAGCAAGACCAAGAGCGAGGACCGUCCCGUGCUGGGCAAGCCCCACAUUCCAAGUCACUUAAGGGCAAAGCUCGCAACACCGACUCACACUCCCACAGCAGCCGCACAGUAACGGACUUGGAGGAGCUCAAGCGUCAAGCUAGGGAGAUGCAGGCGACAAUCAAGGCCGAGAAGGCCAAGAUGAGCAAGCGCUCUUCAGUGAAGGGCAAGAGGACAGCGGACUUUGAGCAGGAUGACGAAGAGGAGGAGGAAGGGGCAGAGUCCGGAGAGGAGGAGGAAGAUCCAGCCGAGAAGCCGAAGCGGAAGAGGAGGAGUGGACGGGCGGCGAAGAGGUACAAGGUGCCCGAGGGCGAGGCUCGUACGCCAGCUGAGGCUGGGAUCGACUAUCUGGCUCAAUUUGAAGGGAAGAAGGAUACAAGAAUACGAUGAGAGACGUUCAAGUAACCGAGGAGAAUAGCGACAUCCUGUAUUACUAGCCAUACCCCUCCAACGCAGAUCUCUAGAUGGUACCUCUCCAUACUGUACCAAGCACCUUUCCUUCCGAUCCGAUUGUGGCGCAUAGAGCAAUUGUUCCCACUUCCGUCUUGCUUCCACCCCGC